AUGGAUGAAUCACCGGUUGUCCGGUCAGCCAUUGGGUCGGCCAUCGCCUGUCUCCAUGUAGACCGCACUGCACCGUAUCCCCUCUGCCCCAUCGUUGCAAUGCACACCCUUCUCUACCAGCUGUUGCCCACCAUGUUAUCAGACGGAUCGAACCAGUCCGUUGCAGCUGCAGUGACUUGGACUUGUGACCUCUGGCUCUCGCUUCUCGAAGGGUUGAAGCUCAGGCUGGCUAAUGAGAGGAAACUGCGCUCUCUGUGAGUUGACGUUCCUGUGCGUAAAAGUCCAUCAUCCUCUCUCUUCCUGCGGACGGGCGAAAUUGGCCGUGAUUGUAAAUGUGCCAAUCGCCGCGUCCAGUCCCAUCUCAAGUCGAUUUAACUCGGACAUGGUGCGACAGGGGGGAGAUAAUCACAGAACCAACACGUACUCAUAAUAAACCAUUUGACAUUAUCUGCACUACCACCAAUCAAUGAUGGUGACUUAGGGCACCUCUCACGCGAUGGGCGGCGGCUUUAUACGAUGUUAGCCACUGCGCCAAAUCUCAGCCCAGGUCGGUUUCCCUCGGACCAACCAGUGGUGUACGAGAGAGGAUACGGGGAGAGACGUCGAUCCACCUGGGGUCCAGCAUCUAACUCUUCAUCACAAACACCCAAAUACCCUUUUAGACUGCCGCGACGUGCUACCAGCCAUGGCUGGGAAAGUUGCCAACUGACUGUAUAACUGGGGCCCCCUUAGAACUGUGGAUCUGGCUACAAUUGCAUCUUCAUUAUUUAGCCUUCAUGGCAUUCUCACCUUCGCUGAAUCCGAGAUUAAUGGGACCUGGUACAUGUAACGUCAUAGGCCGGAUCGUGUGUACAUGCGCAGACGGGCAAUUGUUUUUCUGUCAGCCACUGUGCCCGAGCCCACCUCCAGUCGUUUUUACUCAGUCUUGCCAUCGGAUCCUGGUUGGGGCAAGAAGAGAGAGUGGCAUAGGUGCAGCCUCUUCAUAAACGAAUCCUCGCGCGAAUCGCACCUGUGUCGUUGACUCAUUGAUUGUCGUCGUCGUUCCCAACAGACGAAUCUUAUAAGCCGUAUUUUCCUGAUCGUUACCUCUUCUUGUCGCGUUUAGCUUAUGCAUUUCUUCAUUUAGGAUCUUUCUUUAUGAACCAGACGAGCCUAACCCUCUCUUGGAUCAUCAACUCGUUUUCUCUCUACUGGCAUCAACUCUCGACCACCAUCUCUCCUCCUCAGCAGUAAGUCACCUGAUUUUUUUGAUUUUAACACCCAUCGAUUCGGAAAAUAGGCUCUGCUUCAUAGCUUGUAGUUUAAUUCUAAGCAGCAGCAAUUAUUUUCUUAAACGUGACCUGCCUCCGAGAACGUUUUUGUCACUAAAACGUUCUACUUAUCGUCUGCCAGUAGUUACGCUUUAGAGGUUUGGAACAGUCACUUCCAUUUUAGUUGCCGUCGGCUCUGGGCCAUACUUCCGCCCCAGACUGAUAAUACCUGUCCGACGGGUCAUUGAGCCGAAUCCCCUUUAUUGAACCACGUACCCAUGUUCCAUUGACAGCAGUAGUUGUACGCACUCGCUCCAUCUGAACAUCUGUCGCAUGGUUGUUGAAAUAUACGACGGCCAUACCCUUUACUGUCAAUGGACCUUAUCUCAGUUUAAUCAGGUAAUGAGUGCUAGAACUGGACUUGCAUAAAUUCAUUACAAGACUAAAUUGUUGUCUCUUUACGUUUCCUUUGAAUUGCUGACCUCUUCCCCGCAUAAUAUGUGUUGUCCUGAAAACUUUGCAAUGCUAAUUGAGGUUUACGAGCUUUUUAAGCCAAUGUUUCGCCGUCUUUACAGCCGCCGUAAGGAGCUCAUUUUGUCGGCUUCCUGUGUUCUGAUUGGCAACUUGGUCGCUUCUUGAUUUUAUCCACUACUACUGCUGCUACUAUUACUGCUGCUGCUGCCGCUGCUGUUUCUAUUACCGCCACUUCUUGGCUUUGUCUCUCCCGCAAACUUCCAUAGAAAUUACUGCUAAUUAGUAUUGUCCACUAAUUAAUGAACCCUGCCUUCCCUUUUAUUUAGCGUAGGACUUUCUUGACUAUACUGUCCGUAUGUUCGUUCCUCCUCUGCAAACUAUGUGUGGUGGUUUGUGUGUUCUCCCUGUCCCACCGCAAGUUGCCACUAUCGUUGCUGCCUGGGCUACUGAGAUGUAGCCCAAAUUUCAAACACUGCCCCUCUCGCUUUACUCCUUUUUAGACCGUUUUCCCCACCGCAGCGAUCAAUCGGUUGCUCGCAGUCGUCCUGACGGAUACUCAAUCGCCGUCCACCGGGUCCCCUAGUCUGACCACCAUUGCUACAGACGCGCGGUCCUCCACUCUCUUUUAUUUAGCCUUUUCGGAACGUCUGAUCACGGCCACUUUCUCUCAGAAGCAGCUCCCUAGUGCCACCAUCAACGCCGUCACCAACCCAACGUGA